GUGAACAACAGUCCAAAUGGCUCAGCAGGGAGUUCUGCUGGACCAGGACCAGUUCUGUUGUUCUGUCUGUCUGGACCUACUGAAGGAACCAGUCACCAGCCCCUGUGGACACAGUUACUGUAGGAGCUGUAUUGAGGGCUGCUGGGAUCAGGAUGUUCUGAAAGGGGUCUAUAGCUGUCCUCAGUGCAGAGAGACCUUCACUCCAAGGCCUAAUCUGAGGAAAAAUAACAUGUUGGCUGAGGUGGUGGAGAAACUGAAGAAGACAGGACUCCAGGCUGCUCCCCCUCCUGCUCUGUGCUAUGCUGGACCUGGAGAUGUGGCGUGUGAUGUCUGCACUGAGACCAGAAAGCAGAAAGCCCUCAUGUCCUGUCUGGUGUGUCUGGCCUCUUACUGUGAGACUCACCUCCAACCUCACUAUGAAUCUCCUGCUUUCAAGAAGCACAAGUUGGUCAAAGCCACCACACAACUACAGGAGAAGAUCUGCUCUCAUCAUGACAAGCUGCUGGAGGUUUUCUGUCGUACCGAUCAGCAGUGUAUCUGUUAUCUGUGUACAAUGGAUGAACAUAAAGGCCAUGAUACAGUGUCAGCUGCAGCAGAGAGGACUGAGAAACAGAGGCAGCUGGGGAUGAGUCAGCAGAAGGUCCAGCAGAGAUUCCAGGAGAGAGAGAAGGAGCUGAAGGAGCUCCAACAGGCUGUGGAGUCUUUCAAGGUGAGUCUUGUUGACCAGAGGAGACACCAUUUCACUUUUCUCCUCCAGUCAGAGAGAGAGAGAGAGGGGCCCCUCUCCAAUCCCACUGACCCCACUGUUGGGAACCCUUUUCAGAGAAUAGACUUCUUAAUAUCCGGUGGGAUGAGCAAGAUCUAUGGGCUGGAGAGCGUCAUGGGGGAGGUCCAGGAGGCUCUGCCUGACCCAGUGAGGAGGGGGCUGGAGCAACCUGAGGAAGGGCAACCACCGUUUCCACCACUGCAAGUGACAGCAGAGACUGGGGACGGGCAGGAGAGUCCAGAGAACUUACUGACUUUUAACACUCUGAGCCUGGGAGCGUUUUCAGAGGUGGGGGGUAAGGUGCUGUACACCCUCAGUGUCAAGGUUAAACACAUCAGGAGCUUAGCGGGAGUGAAGGGGCAUCAGUGGCAGGGGGUUGUGGGGGCUGAGAGCAUGGCAGGGUAUAGGUGGAGGGUGCUCUAUAAGCUCCCAGUGCUGGAAAGGAGGUAUGGGGGCUCAGGGGGGCUGUCUGUACGGCUGGAGAGGAGGGGUUGGAUGUACGAGAAGGCUCAAGUGAGUCAAGCUGAAGGACUCCUGGAUCAACUGAAGCAGGAGAUAGCUGAGCUGAGGAAGAGAAGCACUGAGCUGGAGCAGCUCUCACACACAGAGGAUCACAUCCAUUUCCUCCAGAGUUAUCAGUCUCUCUCCAGUAUCAGUGUAUCUUCAGACUUAGCCAGCAUCGUUGUCCGUCCUCCUCAGUACUUUGGAUAUGUGAGUAAGACUGUGUCUGAACUUAGAGAGAAACUAGAAGACUUCCUUAAAGGAGAAUGGACCAAGAUUUCCACUACAGUGAAUAUAGUGGAGGUUGUACUGCCUCCAGAGCCCAAGACCAGAGAAGAGUUGUUACAAUAUUCCUGUCAGCUCACACUGGACCCAAACACAGCAUGCACACACCUCUCUCUGUCUGAAGGGAACAGAAAGGUGACCACUACACGCCAAGUCCUACCAUAUCCUGAUCAUCCAGACAGAUUCACCAACCAGUGCCAGGUUCUGUGUAGAGAGGGUCUGUCUGGAGGCUGUUACUGGGAGGUGGAGUGGAGUGGGGUGUAUGUUAUUACAACGGUCUCAUAUAAAGACAUCAGCAGAACAGAGAGAGAUAAUAUAUUUGGAUUCAAUAACAAGUCCUGGAGUUUACAGUGCUAUAAUGGUUGUUAUUGGUUCAGACACAAUAAUGUUAAGACUAAAGUAUCAGGCCCUCAGUCCUCCAGAGUAGGAGUGUACCUGGAUCACAAGGCAGGUACUCUGUCCUUCUACAGUGUCUCUGACACAAUGACCCUCCUCCACAGAGUCCAGACCACAUUCACUCAGCCCCUUUAUGCUGGGUUUAAUCUCAUUGGUACUGCUGAGCUGGUUAAACUGUAGUAGGGUCCACAUAGAUACUAGUCAUGCUGGUGUAGUCUAUAGCUGAGCUGGUUAAACUGUAGUAGGGUCCACAUAGAUACUAGUCAUGCUGGUGUAGUCUAUAGCUGAGCUGGUUAAACUGUAGUAGGGUCCACAUAGAUACUAUUCAUGCUGGUGUAGUCUAUAGCUGAGCUGGUUAAACUGUAGUAGGGUCCACAUAGAUACUAGUCAUGCUGGUGUAGUCUAUAGCUGAGCUGGUUAAACUGUAGUAGGGUCCACAUAGAUACUAGUCAUGCUGGUGUAGUCUAUAGCUGAGCUGGUUAAACUGUAGUAGGGUCCACAUUGAUACUAGUCAUGCUGGUGUAGUCUACAGCUGAGCUGGUUAAACUGUAAUAGGGUCCACAUAGA